AUGCAGGGAAGGUCACCAUUUCAGUCUGUAGAGCCGGGUCAGUCAAACGAAACGAGCGGUGACGAGCAGACUCGCCAGCGGGUGACAAAUGACAGUGGCUCAACAGAUCAGAAGCAAAAGUUUGACAAGUCAGGUCGUCCAAUCAACCCAGAGACUGAGGUUCUGAAGCGCAGGCUCAGGCAUGCCCAGAAUGAUGUCCUCGCAGUUGUAGGCCUAUGCCAUAGGAUCGAAGACGGCAAAGUUUUGGCAACGAAAAAAUCUCUCGAUGAAGAGCAAUUAGCCUCCAUUGAUUCGGAAAAUCAUUUAGGAGCUGACCUCGAUAAUCUUUCUUAUGCUGCUCUCUAUCUGCUUCAACCAUGGACCUUGGGGCUCAGACAGCGUCUACAAGUGAAGACCUCGAUAGAAUUUGUUGUUAACAAGUAUACUAACUCCUCUCAGGCUUUCUUUCCCACUUAUGGUCUUCCGCUAACGCGAAUCAUUGCCUCCGACUGGACAACACUCAGGCCCAUAUCUUUCCUUACUGCGGGUGCCGUUUUAAGCUGUGUCUCGUCUCUCUACCCAUGGCUCGAAUACCACUACUUUUACAGCCCGAUGAUUGAUGUGGUCGACAAAUUCGUUGAAUUACUUCCCGAUCGUUUGCAAGGUGGUCAGUAUCCGUUUGAUACCAGCAAUGUUAUUUACACCGUGAUCCGCCCGGUCAUGUGGGAGAAGUUGGAGGAGUACUUCAUAGCGGCUCUUCCCAGACCUACGAAUCCGGAGCGUUAUUCUAUGUUAGGUUACAGUUAUGGACCCGUAAGUACAUUGAUUCCGACCUCAGUAUGGAGCCAUCGCUUGAUUCCAUGGACAAAUCAUGGUGCUUUAGAUGUGCUGGCUCAAGACCUACAAAGCAUCGGAAGAGGCUGGCAGACUUUUUACGAUCGCUGUGUAGACGCCCAUGCAAACGUCUCGAGCUGGCUUUUUCGCCCUGGCAAAGCUGAGUUCCCCACAGCACCGCAGUGCUCACGCAGUCCAAGCCCAAGUACCCCACGUGAUCUGCCAGAUGACCUACGAGAGGCAAUGGAAUUCACAGAGGCCUCGCCGGACGGUGUCGUCAUCAUUCCUCAACCGUCGGGAGAUACUCCGCCUGUCAUUCUCGAAAUGCCCCCCAAUCUGCAGGACCUAUGGAUACCAACAUCCGAGAACCAACAGCAGGAGAACCCUAUCAAUCAACGCAGUCAUCUUCAGUCUCCCUCGCCCUUAUCACCUCGAAUGCCAUUAGGACCACAUUUGCCAGAGUCAUCCUCGCCAUCCCGCCAAGGCAUAUUCACAGAACAAAUAUCUGAAGCCACACAAGCUUCCACGCCAAACUCUUCUUCAAGUACGAGCACCGAUACUGACUUGGUUGACUCCAUUGACGCUUCGGAUUCUCAAAGUACCGCGUCCGGAAAUAGGGGCCCGGCAAUCCAUGCCAGCAGUGCCCGCAUCUUCGAGAACCCCGCACCUCACCGACGCGAAGGGUAUCCUGUAAUAUACUCAAGUCAGCAUCAUCAACAUUUCGACGCUCCGUCAGGUCCUCCACAUCGUAUCACGAUGCUCAGUUCAUUCUCAAGCUCGUUCCUAGCGAGUCAGCUUGCCACCCACUUCACCACCUUACUUCUCUUACCCCUAGAGGCGCUCUUUGUGCGAAGCGUGGCAGUCGCUUUCUAUGCAAGCCCUGGCUUGCCCUGGGCGGGAACGAUAGGUCGACCAAUGUUAUAUACGCAGGGAGCGUGGUUUGGAGUUGGUCUGAGAGGCGGUGGUUGGAGAGCUGUCAGGGAUUAUGGUGGAAAGAUGUUCCUCGUAUGGGGACUGCAGGUGGGCACGUCUCUGGCAUUAUGGGAAUUCUCAUCGCAUCUUGCUUGGUGGGCUGGAGUAAGAUGGUAUGAGUGGGGCAAUCAUUGA